AUGGGCCGCCGAAAAGCGUUGCUCAUCGGGAUCAACUACCUCGGGUCGCAGCACCAGCUCCAAGGCUGCGUCGACGACGUCAACAACAUGGCCGAAUUCCUGGCGUCGCGGGGCUUCUCCAACCACCCGGCCAACAUGGUGGUGCUCACCGACAUGAACGACCCCCGCGGGCCCUAUUUCCCUUCGGCACACAACAUCCUCGCCGCCAUGCACUGGCUGGUCAGCGAGCCCGGGUGUAUGUGCUUCUUGCACUAUUCGGGCCACGGCGGCCAGGUGCCGGAUGAAGACGGCUCGCAUUCGAGUGGGUUUGCCGACACCAUCGUGCCCGUGGACUUUGAGAGGACCGGCCAGAUUGAUAGCUCGACCCUGCACCGGGCCUUGGUCAGCGCCCUGCCGCCGAGCAGCACCCUCUUCAUCCUGUUCGAUUGCUGUCAUAGUGGUUCCGCGGUGGAGUUGCCCUUCGUGUAUCGGACCGAUGGUGACGGGAAUGUCAACCUCAUGGACAACCUUAGAGCUGGGGCCGAAUUGAUUGGCGAGGCAUCACAUCUCAUCCGCGGAGAUUUCACGUUCGACAGCACGGGCGAGGCCCGGCACCUCCUGGCGGGCGCGACCUCGUUCUUCCGCGGUCUCCGGCACCAGUACGACGGCGACUACGACGAGGGCCUGCACAGCGUGGACGACUUCCAAGAGGACUGGGGCCCGGAGAACAAGUCCGUGUUCAUGUUCUCGGGCUGCAAGGACGAGCAGACAUCGGCCGACGCGUUUAUCAACGGACGACAUGUCGGAGCCAUGUCCUGGGCCUUUCUCGAGACCAUGAAGACCGACAUCUACUGGAAUAUAUCUUAUGUCCAGAUCCUGCAAAACACCCGGGCUCUCCUGCAGCAGCACUACUCACAGAUACCUCAGCUGUCGUGCGGGUACCAGCUUGAUCUGAACAGUCCGUUCCGGAUAUGA